UGGCACGGCAACUGAUAAACACUUGCAGCAGCUGGAGUGGAGUUACAGUUUGAAAACUUUUAAUCUCUCUAUUUAAAAAAUUGUUGUAUAAGCGCUCGUUAUCUAUACAAUAAAAGGGUAUUUCUUAUCAAUCGUGUGUUAUCUCUUGGACACAAUGCCUGUAGUUCACAAGACAGGAACUGUGAAAUCCAAGCAGGGGUCAAACACUCAGUCCCAGAAGGCACCCGCAGCAAAGACUGCAAAAGCUGCCAGCAAGAAAAAGGAUGAGGAGGAUGGAACAGAGAUGGGUGAAGGAGAUGAGUGGAUGCAAGGGAAGACUCUGAUCAAGCCACUUGACCAGCUGGAUCUCACUGAGGCUGAGUUAAAAGAGGAAUUCACCAGGAUCCUGACUGCAAACAAUCCACAUGCCCCUCAGAAUAUCGUCCGCUACAGCUUCAAGGAACGUUCAUACAAGCCAAUCAGCAGUGUGGAUCAGCUGGCUGUCCACUUUGUGCUGGAGGGUAACCUGUUGCACCAGGACUCAGAUGAGGCACGCAGACAGAGGGCCAAACAGGGCCUCCCUGAGGAAAAAGCCACAGUUGAGACCGCUGUAGCUGAAAAGCCUGAGACUCCGGCUGCAGGUGGGGAGGAUGCAGGGGAUGUGGAGGAGGGCGGGGGAGAGGAGAGAGCUGACAGUGUGGAGUCCAAGGCUGGCAAGACGGAGCAGAAAAUCACCAACCAGUUCAACUUCAGUGAGAGGGCCUCCCAAACUCUCAACAACCCACUCAGGGAAAGGGGAUGUCAGACAGAGCCCCCUCCUCGUGCAAACUUCUCAGCUACUGCCAAUCAGUGGGAGAUCUAUGACGUGUAUUUGGAGGUGCUGCAGAAGCAGGAGAAGAACAAGGAGAAGGCGAAAGCCGUCCCCAAGAAGGACGACGACAAAGGCAAGAAGAAGAUGAUGCUGGUGGAGACCCAGAGUGAUGACAUCACCAAAGUGGCCAAGGUGGCCAAGAUCAUCGAGCGGAUGGUGAACCAAAACACGUUUGACGACAUUGCACAAGAUUUUAAGUACUUUGAGGAUGCUUCUGAUGAGUACCGGGAGCAGGAGGGCACCCUUCUCCCCCUCUGGAAGUUUCAGUACGACAAAGCCAAGAGGCUGUCUGUCACUGCCCUCUGCUGGAAUGAAAGCUACAAAGAUUUGUUUGCCGUCGGCCUUGGAUCAUAUGACUUCACCAAGCAGGGGCGGGGCAUGCUGGUGUUCUACUCCCUGAAAAACUCCACUUUCCCUGAGUAUAUCUACCCCACGACGUCGGGCAUCCUGUGCCUGGACAUCCACAAGCACCUGCCCUACCUGGUGGCCGUGGGCUUCUACGACGGCUGCGUGGCCGUCUACAACCUCAAAGAAGAGACGCUGCAGCCCAUCUAUAAGAGCACCGCCAAGUCUGGCAAGCACACCGACCCUGUGUGGCAGGUAAAGUGGCAGAAGGACGACAUGGACAACAAUCACAACUUCUUCUCCGUGUCAUCUGAUGGCCGUGUGGUGUCAUGGACUCUUGUCAAGAAUGAACUGGUCUUCACAGACAUCAUCAAGCUGUCGUUGGCGGGAGCUGUGUCAGAAGGACCAGAAGGCGUGCAACUUCCCAUCAUGGCUUGUGGAACAUCCUUCGACUUCCACAAACAGAUUGACUACCUCUUCCUGGUUGGCACGGAGGAGGGCAAGAUUCACAAGUGCUCCAAGGCUUAUUCCAGCCAGUUCCUGGAGACCUACAAUGCCCAUAACAUGGCAGUGGACGCAGUUAAGUGGAACCACUUCCACACCAAGGUCUUUAUAUCCUGCAGCUCUGAUUGGACCGUCAAGAUCUGGGACCACACCAUCAAGACCCCAAUGUUCACCUUUGACCUGAACGCCUCUGUGGGAGAUGUGGCAUGGUCUCCUUACUCCUCCACUGUCUUCGCUGCAGUCACCACUGAUGGGAAGGUUCAUACCUUUGACCUUAGCAUCAACAAAUAUGAGGCCAUCUGCCAGCAGCCGGUGGUGGCCAAGAAAAAGACUAAGCUGACUCACAUUGAGUUUAACCCCGUCUACCCCAUCAUCAUCGUGGGAGACGACCGAGGAUAUGUUACCAGCCUCAAGCUCUCGCCUAACCUGCGCAAAAAACCCAAGGAGAAGAAGGGUCAGGAGCUGCCCAAGGGGCCUGAGGUGGAGAUCGCCAAGAUGGAGAAGCUGCUGAGUUUACUGCGGGAGCCAGAGAACAGCAAUGCUUAGAAACUAUGACAACACCAUGCAGGACUGUAGUCGCCCACUAUUUUUACUACUGCACUCCAGUUAUAAACCCACCACCAUCAUGCCUUAUUACUACUGUCUUCUGUCUUCUAAAGCUGCAUACUAAAGCCACCGUUCCUUCCCAUGUUGAAGUAUAGUGCGGUCUAUUGAAUCUGUGCAAUCUAGCCUACUGUUUUUCUCACUCUUGCGCUGUGCACUAUACUAAACAUAUAGAUAGUCAGUGUGCAACCAGCAACAUCUCCUUUACCUGAUGCGGCAAAACCACUCAAGCUUUGGGUUAUAUUUUCUUUGUUUUGGAAAACAGAGUAGCUCAGUUUGUUUGGAAAUAUUCAUAAAAAAUAUUUAUCAUUCCAA